AUGCAGGCUAUGUAUUUCGACGUCUUCCUUCCUGGUAUGCGAGGAUGGCCUCCACUGAUACGGAAGCCUCGAAUGCAUCCCCUAUUGGCAAAAAUCCACCUCACUCCGCCUCUCCGUCGUCUUCCGUCUUUGGUCGGCACAGUUUUCGUACACCCCGACAGUGUUGACGAUAACACUUCAGCUGUGCCAAUGGUCGUACGGUUAUCUCAAGAAAAUUGCAAAGUGGUUGAGUUGACAGGGCGGAAAGAGAUCACCGCCCAACAGCGCGUUAUAAAGAUCCGCAUGGGCUAUAGUCAAGACGAGACAAUUGGGAGGCGCGGGUGGAUAAGCCCUUGCGUUAACACCUCCGCAAUUACGUGCGCACCACCGUAUGCGCAAUCUUGCAGUCUCAUGCGAACAGAGUUAGGCGGCCAGGCGCCAAGCCAACGGCGUUCUGGCCGCUGCUUGGAGGAGGUGGAGGAAAGGAUUAUAAAUGAGCAACCUUUUAUAAUGGGAUUACAGCAAAUGAGGACCACUAGUGAUCUCGAGGUUGCUCAUAUCAUGGAGCAGAGACCUCAGCGCCAUGUCUAUCGGAAUCCUCUACCUCCACCUCCACCUCCUUCUCAACCUCCUCCUUCUAAUUUUCAUCUGACUAUUAGGAAUCCUUACUUCAUGGUAGAUGGAAUUCAUACUGGCUGUUCUUGUCCGUAUCUUCUCGAUGAGACACAGUGGCAUAGCCUUGCCCAAUGCAAAUGUCCGCAUGAAGAGCUACAUGAUCAUUAUGUAAGUAAAAAUAUUGAAAAUAUUGUUGCAAUGCUGCCAACUCGAGAAACAGACAUCCUAAAUGAUUUGGUGGACAGUUCAACCGAUUCUGAUGAUUCCGAGGAAAUUCUGGAGGAAUUAGUACCAAGCCAUAUCGUUACAAUCCACCGAACAGCUAAAACUGCUGAACAUUUCCAAAGGCGGAGGAAGUUAUCCGAUGAGGAUGUUCCAAUUAGCACACUCAUUUCAAAGAGUGGUUGGUUAGGUGACUUCGAUGAAAACCGGGGACCUCUUCAAGAAAGUUCCCAUUCCACUUUAAGCAAUGGCUCAAAAGUACUUCCCUAUGAAAGGGAAAACCGAUUUGAAAACUCUCGCAUAAUUACGAAAUAUCCACUUCCAACUGUAAUACCAAUGUGUAAAAAUCAAUCUGAUGGUCAUUCCGAGGUCCUCAGAAAAUACCAAUACGAAAGUGAAAACUCGCAUACUAGAUCAGGACGGAUUACAGUUCCGAACUUCCAUUUUAACUAUUCCUCGCAGGAUCAUACACCGAAUCCAGACCUAGAAACGAGAUCACAGCCAAAUCAUAAAAUUUCUUUCAUCGACCCACUUGACUUCCAGAGUGAGGUCCGUCGAUCUAUACCUGAUCUCAAUUUAAACGGAAAUGCCCAUGGCCAGAAACAAGACGAUUUGGAAUUCUCUUCUUCAUAUGAGGCUAAAAGAGUUAACGAAGACGAAGGAGUUGAAACCCCACCGAUGGUGCACAAGCCUUCUAAGUCCCCUCAGAAAAGCACGCCUAAAAACGAAAAACAACCGGAUUCAUUGCUUGAAAUACCUCUAAUGAACUCAUCCAUACAUGCUAAUGGAGGUGAAACAAAGCAUUAUAGUGUUAAAGAUCAAAAUUCGACGCCUUUCGAAAUAUCCAAAAACGGGGAAUCUUUAAAAGAAAAGAGAGGUCCCGGUGAAACAACUGUAAAUGAUAAAUAUUUUGAACUUGACACUGAAGGUCCAUCUACUAACUCGGAACGGAAAGCAGAAGUUUCCUUGGGCGCAACCAUCCCACAACAGGAUUCGAAAGGAAACUCCUCAGAUAAUGACGAUAUGGAGUGUUUAGGGAACUUGGGAUUUUUGGCCGAUUCGAGAGAGUCCAGUGUAACACUGGAUGAAAAUGAUGUGGGUGGGGAAGAGGAACAGAGUAAAGACUCAUCGGUACAUCAUGAGUCAUUUGUUACCGAUUCUUCCAACGAUGAAACGACAACUGGUGAUGAAGAUGGUGAAAUGACACCAGAUGAAGCUUUCAAUCUGGCUAUAAACGCUGACACUUUGAGCAGAGAAUUUAUGGAAUCAGGUGUUCGAGUUGAUGAUGGUGAAUUUCCUAUUCAAGCAACCUUUGAAUCCUACAAACCAUCUUCUGAUUCUCCUGCACAGUCGUCCUCAUCAGAAGUUAUUGAUGAUAUAACAGAUCCGGAAACUGCACCACAGAAGACUCUACUUAAAGUGGGAGAAGCCUCGACUGAAGCGAAUGGAAGACAAAGUCCACUUUUGCAAGUAGACCCUCAUAUGAGAGCUAGGUGGCGCUGGGCGCUGCUUAGUCAACAUCGUAAUCUUGUCUUUUCUCAGGAGAAUUCAGAUGAAAAGUCGCAGAUAUUUAACCGCGCCGCCAAAAGCUUCUAUCAAUCCAUCGAUAGCGCUCCGGAACGAAGAUGGAACAAACGAACGCUUCCCCUUGUCAGCGAUCUGGUACUUCAAACAAUGUCAGUACAGAAGAGAACAGCCAGUGUAUUGCCUGCGAGCAUCGGUCAAAGUACAACUCUCAGUGGAGCAGAUUUAAUCCGUCCCUUCUCUCGCCAAUUAUCUCUCAUUGAAUUUAACCUUUCUCAUUUCGGUCUCUUUGCUGCCAAUUUAGAUUAUAAUGAUAAUAUCGAGCUGAAACUUCUCGUGUAUAGAAAGACACUGAAUGCACUGGCUUAUCCCAUAUCCGGUAAUACGCCACACAAUUUCGUGGUAUUCAACGCUACCAGUCCCACUUACUGCUACGAGUGUGAAGGUCUCCUGUGGGGAGUUGCAAGACAGGGUCUUCGUUGUUCAGAAUGUGGCGUCAAAUGUCACGAGAAGUGCAAACGUCUUCUCAAUGCCGAUUGCCUUCAACAUUAG